AUGUCCGGCAGACGCACCACAGACCCCUCCAUAGUGGUAGCCAUGCUGUAUGGAGGGGUCUGUGGUGCGUCUGCCGGACAUCGUAGCCUGAAGAAGAAGUACAAGGCCUACCUGUACCUGGACGAGGCUCACAGUAUCGGGGCGGUGGGGCCGACAGGGAGGGGUGUGACAGAACUGUUCGGACUGGACCCCUCGGACAUCGACGUCAUGAUGGGAACGUUCACCAAGAGCUUCGGGGCUGCAGGAGGAUACAUCGCUGGAAAGAAGGAAUUGGUUGACUACCUGCGUAGCCACUCCCACGGUGCGGUCUACGCCUCUGCUUUGUAUCCUCCCAUCACAGAGCAGAUCCUCAGAGCAUGA